CUUGACUGCGGCCUGGCGGCGGCGUUGCUUGUUCUCUACCGGCGCGCGCGUGCAUGCCCGUACAUACCUCGGAGAGGCAGGACAACACCGCCGACAGCAGCUGCCGCUCCACAUCGGAUAGCGAGUGCGCCCUCGUCGGUGAGUAUACGAAGAGCACGCGCAACAUCCUCAACAAACCAGAACAGCUGCGGAGCUUGGAGCGGGAACCGAAACGGCCCGACAUGGCUGCUCGACCGAAAUCGUCGGCUGCCGAUCGCCUCGUGGCCGUCGCUCUCCUGGCCACCGCGCUGUACGCGACGGCAGCCGCAGACAACUUCGACACCUACUUGGCAACCUUAUCGAAUGUAUCAGCCUUGAUAAAAGAUGAAGCAAUGGGCGUUGCCUUUAUAGAAGGCUUGAAUGACCCAUAUACAACGAUUAACAACGUGGACUCGUCUUCUAGUUGGGACUAUGCUACCAACAUCACCGAUUACAACCAAAACAUGUCGAAUAAGGUCUCCACCGAAGUCAAAAUGGAGCGGCAGUUUGGAAUUACGGCGAAGCGUUUCGACUGGCACAAUUUCAAAAAUGAUUCGCUCAAACGACUAUUUAGGCACGUCGCUACCAUUGGCCUGGCAGCUCUUCCCGACGACAAGCUUGAGAAUGCGACCUGUCUCAGUUCGAAGAUGGCCGCCAUAUAUGGAUCGACCAAGGUGACCGUCGGCAAGGAUAAGGACCUUCCUCUGGAACCAGAUCUCACCCGGAAUAUGAAGGAAGUCGGCAAUUACGAUAAAUUACUGCAAACUUGGCUGGCAUGGCAUAACGCGGUAGGUCCGGCUAUAAAACAGUACUACAUUCCCUACAUCAAGCUGUCCAAUGAAGCAGCGUCUCUAGACGGUUACGACAAUCUCAAGAGCGCCUGGCUCAGUGACUACGAGACAGAAAACAUGACCGAGAUCGUCGACAAACUGUGGGAAGAGCUGUCUCCGCUGUACAAAAAGCUGCACGCCUACGUGAGAAUGAAGCUCAGGGAGAUUUAUCCUGGACGCCUGCCCGAAGAUGGCACGAUACCGGCCCAUCUCUUAGGGAACAUGUGGGCGCAAGAGUGGGGCACACUAUACCCUCACCUAACGAUGGAAGACAAACCUUUGGACAUCUCGAAGACCAUGGUGGAAGAGAAAUGGGAUGCCCAAAAGAUGUUCCACGCAGCGGAGGACUUCUUUACGAGUCUGGGCCUGGACAACAUGACCAGCGAGUUUUGGAACAAGUCCAUCCUUACAAAGCCCAAAGACCGAGAGAUCCAGUGCCACGCCUCGGCCUGGAACAUGUACAACGGCGACGACUUCAGAAUAAAGAUGUGCACUGACCCCAGCAUCGAGCAACUGCGCACUGUCCACCACGAGAUGGGCCACAUCGAGUACUACAUGCAGUACAAGCACCUGCACGUCCUGCUGCAAGAGGGAGCCAACGAAGGUUUCCACGAGGCCGUCGGAGAUCUGAUAGCCCUUUCAGUUGCCACGAAAACACAUUACGAAAAGCUUAACUUGCUGAAACCAACGGAUAAAUACAAUGCUGUUGACCUCCUGCUGAUGUCGGCGCUUGACAAGAUCGCCUUCUUGCCAUUCGGAUACCUGUUGGACAAGUGGCGCUGGACCAUAUUCACCGGCGAGACGCCGUUCGACAAAAUGAACGAGAAGUUCUGGGAAUACAGGAUAAAAUACCAAGGCGUGUCGCCUCCGGUAAAGCGCAACGAGUCCUUCUUUGACGGUGGAGCUAAGUACCACGUGGCUUUGCACGUUCCGUACCUGAGAUAUUUCGUGGCGUUCAUCCUUCAGUUCCAGUUCCACGAGCAUUUAUGCACAGUCGCAAAGAAGAUGGACGAACAGCAUCCAUUCCAUGAAUGCGACAUUUACGGAGAGAAGACCGCUGGUGACGUCCUCAAGAAGGGACUGUCGCUGGGUCGCUCUAAGCCUUGGCCCGAUGUCCUCGAGAUCAUGGCUGGCACGCGGCAGAUGUCAGCUUCAUCCUUAAAGAAGUACUAUGAGCCGCUUGAGAAAUGGCUUGACGAGCGCAUCAAAAAUGAGGUAGUUGGAUGGGACAAGGCCAACGUCCAAGACUACAUGGGCAUGCCAUCAUUCGCCAACAAGGUUGAUUUUUCAGCAGCCGCCGUGCUCGCCUCCAUCGGUGUCAUCCUGUUCUGCUGGAAAAACAUCUCGUUAUGAUGCGGCAUUCAUUGGAUGCCGCCCAACUGCCGUUCCCACUGAGUCAAAAUAUGGCAGCCCGAAGUCUGAUGAUGCCGGCAUCUAUCGCAGGGACAGCAUCGGAUGACAUAUCUUAUCUGAAUAUUGUUUGUCUCCUCGUCCUCAUGUCCACGCUUCAUUUUCAUUUUGCAAAAAAAAAAAAAGAAAUUGUUAAAUCAUGACAAAUGAUUUCACGGGUUUUCAACGCAUGCAUCUUGUUUCGAAAAUCAUAAUUAUGUUCAAGCAUCUAGUCCUCCUCGUGAUUCUUUUUUCACUUCAUUUUUUUAAUCAUCAGAAUGCUUUGAAUCGUAGCAAACCAGUUCUUAGGAAUCCCACAAUAUGCGGCUUCCAUUUCAUCUUUCUAGGUCAUAAUUUUUCAAGCAAAAUCAUAAUAAUCAAUGCAUUUUUCAUAAACAUAUGGUAUGCUGGUAAUGGACCAAGAAAUACGGCAACGUGACCUUCCUAAUUAUAUAGGCGUAUCUUGCAAUCUACUGUUAUUCCUUUCCCUACUUAAAGCGCGCUUCUCGAAGUAUCAGAAAAGUGUAAAAGCAUUUGGACAACCGUAUCGGUAGCAGUAUCCUGGUAAAAUCGUUUUGCUGUGCGAGUGUGUUUGCAGCCUUUUUUUUUAAGAUUGUGCAUUGAGCAUUAUUGGACAUUCUAGCGUUAAUUUGAUGUUUCGUGCCUCAAAGGAAAUAACAGGUAUACAAUAUAACAGGUCUGGCCAUAGCAGGUAUUACACGGCCAGACCCUGACAGUUUUCAAGUGAACUUAGGAACCUCCUAAUCACAUCUCCGAUCCCAAUGUGGACGUGCGAUAAGAAAAGAAGCUCAAGCUCAGCAAGUUGGGAUUUGUUACUUUGCUUCAAAGAAUAACCGUGAGUGUGAGCCCGCACUGGCCAAAAUUUUACCAUAUAAGGCUACACGAUCUUCACAACAAUAUACCUGUUCCCAGGAAGUACGUGUAAUAUUUUAUAAGUAGGCUUUACUAUCUCUAAUAUAGCAAUAUGCGUCUAACAUUAACUUUUUUUUUACGCUUGUGCGAAUAGUGAAUUUUAGGCUCGUAGCGAAUUUGAAACGAAUAGUGAUUUUGGUCAAAUUAUUUUGAAUCAAAUAAAAUAUUAUAUCUCACUUUUUAUAAAUAUUAUUUUAAACAUAGGCAUAUUUGUCAUCACCGAAUGAAUGUGCACAAUAUUGAUCUUAAUAAAUUGAAACAAAGCUCGUGCAAGUGCCUUUUUUGUUUUGUUUUAUUGGUUCAGAAGAAGUAGAAACAACUUUGAACAGUAGCAGGAUUUGACUUUCGGUAAAAUGCAAGUUAUUACCUGUAAAGUAUGUUACUCUUAAAAAGUUACUAUACGUCAGACAUAUAAACCAGGGUAACAAGCUUUUAAACUUAAAAAAAUGAUUAAUCGGUGUGAGGGUGAUAAGUUCAUUUAAACUUGAAGUGAGGUUUUGUGGCAGUGCACAUGCCCUCUAGUUAGGUGUUUUCACAGCUUAAUACUUCUAUACUUCCACCAAACUAUCUCUACAGGAGGUUACAUUCAGAUUCAUACACACCUAUUUACUCAUUUUGAUUCUUUGAAAUCUUCAGUAAAUUAAAUUCGAAUUGAAGCAAAUUCGAAUAUCGUAUUACUCGAUCGAGUAUUCGCAUAAGCUUAGUUUUUUUUCAUAAGUUCCUACGCGCACUUCUGUGCACACAAAUUCUGUUCCACAAUCCAACUUCUCGCUGAAAUAUACCUGCAUUCUUGUGGAGCAGUGCAGAAAUAUCAAGGGGAUUCAGCACUAAGGUCACCCGGUAAAUCAGUAUCAGAAGCAGAUCUGUGUGUAGCAUACUAUGCGCUGUCAUGUCUCGCCUUCAGAACGUAUUCCUAGAAAUCCUUCUGCAAACAUGCUGCUUCCUUAGAAAGUAUAUGCAAGCGUAAUAUACAGAGAGUUUGAAGUGCACGCAUGAGAAUGUCGAAAUUGUAGCACAAACGAACGUUAGCAAAAACGCCAUGAGAAGCAGAUGCCGUAUGCAAUGCUCUCAUUGUUCACAAUAAAAUCCAUACGCCGUUUGAUGCGGUAGUGCAUGACAGAAAAUUUGUUCGGUUUACUGCAACUUUCAGUCACUAGUUUUUUUAUGAUGAAUGACAGAUUCUUGAGCCAAUAUGUAACCAGUCAUUUAGACAAUUACUUGUAUUUGUACAAAGUUCCAGUGAAAGAAAAUGCUUUGUAGUCAUUUCUAGACUGUCAUAUUAAGAGCUUCUUGAAUUGUGUGUGCUGUAUUGGCUAAAAUAAACUGGAAUAAAGACUGUCAUAUUUUCAA